AUGGAUCUCUCAAACAAUGACUUUGAGGGUCCUUUGCCUCAGGGGUACAUGAAGAAUUUGAAAGCCAUGAUGGGUGUUGAUGGCGGUAUGCUCCAAUAUAUGGGGGAGACCUAUUAUCAAGAUUCUGUUACAUUGGUAAUGAAAGGUUCAGAAUUUAAAAUUGAGAGAAUUCUAUCCAUAUUUACAGUUUUUGAUUUCUCAUACAAUAACUUUGUUGGAGAGGUUCCAAGCUUGAUUGGAGAGCUUAAAUCACUCAAAGGGCUGAACCUCUCUCACAACAAAUUAAUAGGUUCACUUCCAUCAUCCUUAGGGGAUUUGAUUAAUCUUGAAUGGUUAGAUCUCUCCUCCAACAAAAUGGUUGGGGAGAUUCCUUGGCAAAUGACAGAAUUGACAACACUUGCAGUCUUAAACCUCUCACAUAAUCAUCUAGAGGGACCUAUACCAACUGGAAGACAAUUCAAUACAUUCCAAAGUGACUCAUAUGAAGGAAACUUGGGAUUGUGUGGAUUUCCACUCUCUAAAAUAUGUGGGCAUGAUGUGGAACGACCAUCAUCACCACAAGGAAACUUUCAUCAAGAAGACUCAGAUGGUUCAGAUGGAAUAAUUAAUUGGAAAUCUGUACUUGUGGGAUGUGGAUGUGGAGUGGGUUUUGGAAUAUCUUUGGGAUGUAUUGUGCUUUCAGAAAGGAAAAUUCAAAGGCUAAUAAAAGUGUUUGGAGGAAAACAUGGACAAAACCGCUGUGGGAGAGGAGCAAAGCAAAAAGGUCGCAUAAAGAAUGGAAAAAGAUUAUGCUCAUAA